AAGCUCAAACAUGGGCGACAUUGUGCCAAAUCCCGGCCCAACCCGGUCUUCCAUCAGUGACUCCGUCAGGGAAGAGACAGAAGCUCAUGCAGAAAGUGAAAUUAGAAUACCAUACCGAAAACUCUACGUCUCACAUUUCUUUCGGACAUGGGGAGACCGUCUCUUCGAAUUCGGCGCUGCUUUAUUCAUAAUUGACGUUUUCAAAACAACUCUGUUAGAAUCUUCGCUCUAUGGACUCCUAACAACUGGUAUUGGACUUCUAUUUGGAGAUAUUAUGGGAAAAUGGGUCGAUAAGUCCCCACGCAUUGCUGUAGUGAAGUACCUCAUUCCAAUCCAAAAGUUGACCAUUAUUUUGAGUCACGUCGGAUUCUGGGCACUCUUGACUUACUUUGAUCCAGGGAUCGAGAACAAACCCAUGGACAAACGUGCUUUUGUCGUUUUUUCUAUUGUGGUUCUCCUUGGAGGGUUGUACAAAGUGACAACCAUUGGCAUGAAUGUAGCACUCGAGCGGGAUUGGAUUGUGGCACUGGCUGCCGGAAAUUCUUCUUCCCUAACAUCGCUUAAUGCAACAUUGCGUAGAAUUGAUCUUUUGUGCAAAAUGUUGGCACCGUUGUUUGUCGCUCUGCUGACAUCCACUGCUUCUACCCUGGUUGCCGUGUAUUUUAUUGCUGCUUGGAAUGUCGCAAGUUUGGUCAUAGAGUAUUUCUGUAUCCUGACGGUUUACAACUCCUCUCCUAUUCUAAGUGUUCCUAAGCCAGUUCUGCGAGAGGCAAAUGAAGCAUCAGGCUAUUUGGGAAAUUCCAGGUGGCAAGAUCUGAAGUAUUGUGUUACUAGUCCACUGAUAUUAGCAACUCUCAGUUACGCAAUGCUCUUCUUGACGGUACUGAGCAUGGGAGGUACGAUGAUAGCAUACAUGGUAGCAAAGCAGUACUCGGAUCCAGUCAUCUCCGGUAUCCGUGCUGUUUGCGUUGUGGCUGGGUUAGCUGCUACGUUCAUCAGUCCCAUACUAACUAGGCGAUUGGGUUUGAUCCGUGGUGGGCUAUGGUCGAUCUGGUCGCAAGUGUUCUGUCUGCUUCCAGUGGUGUUAGCAUUUUACAUUAACGACGGGGCAGGGAUCACUUCGACUGUAUUAUUGUUUUUGGAAGGCGCGCCGAACGAUCGAGCUGGACUGAUUAGUGGAUUUCAAUAUUCACUUUGCAAUGCUUUUGAUAUGUUGGCUUAUGCAACAACCAUCAUUUGGUCAUCCCCGGAUUUAUUCUAUAUUCCCGCCACAAUAUCAUUUGCUAUGGUCGCCUUCGCUGCCAUUGUUUUCACCGUCUAUGUCAAACAACAACGAGGUCAUGUCAUUCAUGCCAAAAGACUUUUCAAGUCUUUAUAGUAUACCCUGCAGACACAUUAAUCAUCCUCCUGGAAACCAGUACUUAGUGCUUCAUGUUUCAUGAUUAAUAAAGAAAACGACAUUGGUAUGUCGUAAGUAGUUGUCCUUUAUCAAACUUUUU